AUGUCAGACUCCUCUUCCGCCUUGUCGCCAACACGAGGCUCUGCUAUCUGGCGCUUUCCCGCAGCGAGCAUUCUCAGUUUGGCUCUCAGCUCGCUCCUUUACUCUGUCGCUGCCAAUGUCACGGGCCCCGAAUUAGCGGCAGUCAGCCGGAAUCUGACGGACAAUUGGCACAUUGGGGCGAUGCUGGCGUGGAAGGUUUCAGAAUUGAGCAUCGCGUGGUACGCAGGCUAUGACUAUCUCGACCUUGGCUACCUGACACUACUGAACAAUGUUCCACACUAUUUCUUACUGAAUUACUUCUAUGGCGUCCAUGCGCUCAGCGCACUGAUCCCACUGGCCAUCGACAUCGCGGCAAUUGCAGUACCUUUUGCUCUGCUCCGGCCCGUGAUCCAUGCGCAUGACACUUCGUCUUUGAAGACGCCCAAUCAAGCCGUUGCCCAAGAUCUGAGUGUACAAGCGCUGACCGCACUCUUCGGCGCUGCCAUCUACGCAUUGGUCGUCUACGGAAGCUUCGUGUCGUGGUUGCCAACCUUCUUAGUCGUUCAUUUCGAUGGUCUGCGAACCCUCGACCAGGCCCACAGCAGCGCCAUUCCUGUGCUUCUCGCUACCUUUAUUCCUCUGGGUUAUGCGGCCACACAAUUUGUCUUCGUUCCCGGUGUUGGCUCGCCAACAAAUCCCGGCAUCACCGACCCCGGUAUCAAACCGGAGAAGGCGCCCUUCCACCCCGAAACUGCUUCCCUGAGUGAGACUGUGGCAUGGAACGUGGGCCUCAGCAAGGCUGGCGUGACGCCUCGCGCGAAAAUUCUGGCAAAGCGCACCGCCGUCCUGGCAGCAUGUGCAUUCAUCAACACCUUUGUCCGCGCGUAUGUCACUGUGGAGGGCGCUGAGCUCGUGGGAGCUGUGGGCUGGGCAAGUGUGUGGGCGACAGCAGCCGGACUCGUUGGUCUCGCUUACUCUUGGGCCGGAGACGAGUAA